AUGCAGGAUAAGAUGUGCGAAGAGAGGAAACGAGAGAAUGGACUUCUGAACGAAUGCUUGGUUGCGACAAUCCAUGGAAAUGGUCGAAAAUCUUCCGGCGGUGUACUUGUGGGACGAAUGGUCUCGGCUUGCUGGUUGAAACGUUGUCAGAGUCCUGCUGAUGGCGACCUUCUUCGCCAGCUCCUACUCCCUCAGAAUGUCUUCAAAAACAGAACUCGUUGUGAACGCCUCGGGUGUCUCUGCUGGUUAUCCCACUUUCGACCCAGAAUGACCUCACACCUAGUUCUUGCAACUAGAAAAUAUCUUCAAAUCGCGAGGCCUUGUCUAACGAGGAAGUGGUUUCAGCACGCUAUCGUCGCACUAUCAGACAACGUCGAAUCACAAUUUACAGCCAUCACCCCCAAGCCGCCGGGGAACAACUCCUACGACCAACUCAAGAAAGCUGUUAUCAGUCGUCUAUCUGCUUCCUGA